CUCAGGUUCCCCCUUGGGGCAGAAGGGGCGGGGAUGGGCGCUGAGUGCGCACGCGCUGUCCCACCGGCGCAUGCGCGCCACCCGGCGUGCCGUCAGCCCAACGACUCCGGGUGUGCGCAGGCGCAGGCCGACAUUCGCGAGGCGCCUCGUGAGGGCGUCGUCCUCGAGGCCGGGUGGCUGAGGAGCCUGGGCCGGCCCGCGAGCCCGCGAGCCGGGGCCAUGUCGGACACCUUCUCGGCGUGGGACUACGCGGUGUUCCUGGGCCUGCUGCUCGUCUCGGCCGCCCUGGGCGUCUACUACGCGUUCGUGGACGGCGGCCAGAGCACGGAGGCCGACUUCCUCAUGGCCCGGCGCGGGCUGACGGCGGCGCCCGUGUCCCUGUCGCUCGCGGCCAGCUUCAUGUCGGCCGUCACCGUGCUGGGCACGCCGGCCGAGGUGUACCGCUUCGGGGCCGCCUUCCUGCUCUUGGGCGUCGCCUACGCCCUGGUGGUCAUCGUCGCGUCCGAGAUCUACAUGCCGGUCUUCUACCGGCUCGGGGUCACCAGCACCCACGAGUACCUGGAACUUCGAUUUAAUAAACAAGUUCGUCUUGUUGGAACAGUUCUCUUUAUUGUUCAGAUGAUACUGUACAUUGGAAUUGUUAUUUAUGCUCCUGCUCUUGCUUUGAAUCAAGUCACAGGUUUUGAACUCUGGGGUGCAGUAGUUACAACAGGGAUUGUCUGUACUUUCUACUGCUCAUUGGGAGGUCUCAAAGCUGUUGUAUGGACAGACGUUAUCAAAACUUUCAUUAUGGUGGCAGGAUUUUCUUCAAUUAUCAUACAGACUUCACAUCUUCAAGGUGGACUUAAAACUAUAAUAAGACAUGCAGAGGAAGGAGGAAGAUUAAGAUUUUGGGACUUUAAUCCUAGCCCUUUGCAGAGACACACUUUCUGGACAAUUGCUAUAGGUGGGACCUUCACAUGGACCGGCAUCUAUGGUGUCAACCAGUCCCAAGUGCAGAGAUAUCUAGCCUGUAAAACCAGGUUCCAGGCAAAACUGUAA